AUGGGGAAGUCGGCCAAGGAGGAGGAGAGCACCAUCCUGCAACUGGAGAGGGACCUGCGCACCCGUGUGGAAGUGAUGGCAAAGCAGAAGCGGGAGAGAAAGCAGGAGCUGAAAGCCCUGCAGGAUCGAGACCGGGAUCUGUGUGACCUCCUUUGCGCCCGCCCAUACAGCAUUGACAGCAGCGCCGUACCCAGCCUGGAGGAGCUCGAUGGGGCUCUGCGCGGGGUGGAGCAGGACCCGGCAAUGCCUGCUGGGAGCUGUGUGCUGACCGCUGCCUCCCCACUGCAGCUGGAAGCCCGGCAGGCACUUAACGAGGCGGUGUGCGCAGAACUGCGUUCCCGAAUCCUGGAGCUCUGGGACCGCCUGCAGGUUCCAGCCGAGGAGAGGGAUGCUGUGGCCCCACACAUGACCGGGUCCCGCGCCAGGACCAGGAGAGAGCUGCAGCUGGAAGUGGACCGCCUGGAGGAGCUGAAGCUGCAGAACAUGAAGGUGGUGAUCGAGGCGAUCCGCGUGGAGCUGGCAGCCUACUGGGACAAGUGCUUCUACAGUCCAGGCCAGCGGGAGGGUUUUGCCCCCUAUUAUGAUGAGGACUACACGGAGACCCUGCUGCAGCUCCAUGACGCUGAGGUGGGGAGGCUGAAGCACUACUACGAGACACACAGGGAGCUCUUUGAGGCCGUCCAGAAGUGGGAGGAAAACUGGAGACUGUUCCUGGAGCUGGAGAGAAAAGCAAGCGACCCGAGCCGCUUUGCCAACCGCGGGGGGAACCUCCUAAAGGAAGAGAAGCAGCGGGCCAAGCUGCAGAAGACCCUCCCCAAGCUGGAGGAGGAGCUGCGCGUGCGCAUUGAGGGCUGGGAGCAUGAGAACCAGGAGGCUUUUCUGGUGAGCGGGCAGCAGUUCAUGGAGUACGUGGCAGAGCAGUGGCAGCUCUUCCGCCUGGAGAAGGAGAAGGAGAAACAGGAGCGCCAACUGAAGAAGAGCCGGCAGAUCGAGGAAGAGAUGUUGUAUGGUGCUGUGCCCAAGACACCUGCCAAGCGCCGUGUGCUGGGGCCUCACACGCCUGGCAAAGUAAGGAAGCUCAACGCCACCUCCGUCUCCAGUGCCACUCCCAACAGCACGAUACGUUCAGGCUUUGGCACGGUGCUCUGCCAUUCCCCGGUGUCCCGGCUGCCGCCUUCUGCAGGCAAACUUGGCCAGUCUGCUCGGCACCCUGGCCACGUGGCCGCCAAGCCCCCGCGUCCUGGUCUCAAGGAGCGCAACAAGGAGAACGUGCCGCAGCUGCAUGGCCCCGGGCUGAGCGGUGGGUGCACCCCCACGGCCCCUGCCCAACGUAACUACAGCAUUAACUCUGUUGCCAGCACCUAUUCCGAAUUUGCGCGCGAGCUCUCAAAGGCCUCCAGGUCUGACACCAGCUCCCACAUCCUGAACUCCACCACCACCAACCUGCACUGCUGAGGCACGGCUGCCUGGCCUGGCCCCAGCGCUGUCACUAGCCGCUGUUCCCAGAGCCACCGCGUGCACCUGUCUCAGCCGCUGCCCGUCUGCUGGAGCCAGGUGGGCCCUGCCCCAGGCCUGACUUCAGCUUGGUCCCCUGGUGCUUCUCUGCUCUUCUUGCCUAGAGUCGGGAUCCUUUUGUUUUUAUGAUUAAACAUUUGCUUUCCUGCCCCAGCCCUGCUGCUGCCUCUGCACUGGCUCAGCCUGGUGGCAGGCAGCCCCCCAGCAGUGGACUAGGGCAACACCCAGGUGCAGGGCUCAGGCAGGAGCAGGAGCUGGGUGAGGAGUGGGGGCUUCGGGCACCACUGGAAGGGAAGCGGAGCUCCCUCUGCCCCAGCUACUGCCCCUGCCACCCGCGGCAGCGCUGCACGUCCUGGUGCCUGUAAAUACGAGCCCUGGCCCUCGUGGGCGGGCUGCACCCUGUUAGCACUACAGCUUUGCUUGGUUAUUUAUUCCCUGCUGCCUGGGCCCAAGCUGCUGCGGGUGGAGGGCUCCUGCUGCAUGUCUGUCUGUCUGUCUGUGACGAAGCCGUGGGGCGCGUGGGUGGGACUUGUUUUAACCUCUGCUGACUGACCUGCCUCCCCGUUCGCCUCGGAUGCCAGAGGCCAAGCGGGCUCUGUAACGGGAUGAAUAAUACACAAAUAAACGAUAAAACGGGAUGCGUGUCUGGUAGUGCUGU